AUGUGUUUGUAUUUCCAUUCCGGAUUUAAUAAAGCCGCAAAUAUUUGGUAAGUAUUCUGAGAAAAUUGAUAUAUAUUAUUUGAUAGAUCAAAUUCAAAUUUUCAGAAUGUCGUAAGGAUUUUGAAAAAUUUUGUAGCGGAGAAUGCCCAUUUCUUAAAACUAAUAAAACAUGUUCACAAAUAUCAGAUUGUUAUGAGGGGAAAUAUUACAAAGCUUUCCAAGAUCAAGAUGACCUUAGUGCUUUUUGUUAUAGAAAAAGUGGAUUAUGUUGUUUAGGUAAAAAAAACAAAAUAUCAAUUAAAACAUUAUGUUAGGACAUUUCAGAUUUGAGUGAAGGCAGUUUUUGUGAUGGUCAACAAGGUAUUGUUAUGCUUAAUGAAGAGAAUUGUGUAGAAGAAGGUAAAACGUGUACCAACAGUCAUCAAAAUACUGGAGUUUGCAAAAAAUUCAAAGAGGGUUUGUACAACGUGAGUUGUCAGAAAUCAUCGCUGUGACCUGAUUGUACAAAUUAAUAAAAUGUGAAUACAAUGAAUGAACUCUGUACCUACACUUUGUUUUUCGAGAAAUUCACUCCACUGUAGCUACAGAAUUUACUUCCAAAAAGAUCGUUUUAACUACUUUGAAACUAAACGGAUAUUUUGGGGUGUGCAAUGAUUUUCUCUAAAUAUUUUUGUACAGUCAGGUUACAUUGGUUAUAUUACAAUAUAAUACAAACCAAUAUGUAGAGAAUAGAAUUCGAAAAUUUUGCAGAAACCGAUAUUUCGUUGUUGUCCUGGUUUGAUUGAAGAUUUCGUGUCAAGAACACAAUGUGACGAAAAUCAAAUACUACCAAUAACUAUACUCGAAGCAUAUUGUAAAGGCGGUUUUGUUGUUGCGGCUGGAAAAAAGACAUUGGAUGCAAAAAAUGCAAAUAAAACUUGUAAUAUAAAUUCGGAUUGCGGACCAAAUCGUUAUUGUAUUAGAUUGAAAAUAGAUGAAGAUUCAAAAUGUUAUGAUAUUAGCCUGAAAAAAGUGGAAAAUUCUGAAGAUGAUGCUGAAGGACUCAGUUUAACAAUGAUUAUUAUAAUUGUUGCUGUUGGUGUAGCGGUUGUCGUUUUGAUUGCUGGUGCAGUUGCAUUUUAUUGUUAUCGUAAGAAGAAAGCUGCAAAAAACUUGGGAAACAAUGCGCAUGGCAAGAAAACAAUGUCAACUUCAAAUUCAAAUGAUAAAUUGUCUGCAAAAUCGCCAACAGCAAAACCAAGUCCAAAUGGAUGGCUAGCUAAAAAUCCAUUCGUCUAA